AUGUCUAAAGUUUCCAAGCUCGUGACAUCAUCCGACGGUUGCGAAAUCUUUGCUGAAGGUGCCGGCAACCUCGAGGGUCCAACGAUUGUCUUGGUUCAUGGCUUAGGAUCAUCCACAGUCAUAUUCAACAACCUUUUCAAAGACGAUCAGCUACUUUCCAAAGUUUAUCUUGUGAGAUAUGACAUGAGAAGUCAUGGCAGGAGCGGCAGACCUGCGAACCAGAGCGAUUAUUCCUCCCCGAAGUUCGCUGCGGAUUUCAUGGCUGUGGUGGAGGGAUUCAACCGACAAAAGCCUUAUUUACUCGGCUGGAGUUUGGGAGGAACUGUUGCGACGGAUGUCUGUACCCACUGUCCUGCAGGUUAUGUGUCAGGCAUCAUCUACGUUUCCGCGCUCCCUUACAUCGGAGCAAUCAUGAUGGACUUGGGAAAAGAAUGCCUUAAGAACCUUCAUCCGAGACUGCUUACCCAGGACGCCGCUGAUGCGCUGAAAGCGAGGAUUGAUUUUGUCGAUUCCACGAUCAAUGAUCGUAAUGCUUCGAACUGGGACGACCGGUUGCUUUGGGUCGGAGCAUUCAGUCACCUGAAUGCCAAUGACGUGUUGAACGCCAUGUCACGGCAACAAGAUCCGGAGCCCCUUUUGGCUGCGGGGAGGGGAGGAUUGAGAUUGCUUCAUCUAUAUGGAGAUGCUGAUCAACAAUUGGAUAACGCGGUCGCCGAGGCACAAGUGAGCCAGCAUUUUAUUGACAAGAAAGUUGUUGUCAUCAAGGGUGGAGGUCAUGCAUUAUUUUACGAAUUCCAAGGCCAGGUUGUCGAGGAAGUUCUAGCAUUUGUUACCAAGUAG